AAGCAUCCAUCAACAUGAUCCCCAUUGUGCUGGCCUCCGUGCUCAUUGCUAGCGCCCUUGGGUGCGGUAACCCACCCAUUGAGCCCCUGACUUCUCGCGUGGUCAAUGGAGAAGAUGCCAUACCCCACAGCUGGCCCUGGCAGAUUUCCCUGCAGUAUGAAAGGGAUGGAGAAUGGAGGCACACUUGUGGGGGAUCUCUGAUUGCUGCCAACUGGGUCAUGACUGCGGCUCACUGCAUCAACACAAAACUGAGCUACAGAGUGGUUGUGGGAAAAUACAACCUGGUGGAGGAGGAAGCUGGAGCCAAGGCCAUUCUGCCCGAGAAGAUCAUUGUCCAUAGACAGUGGAACCCUAUCCUUGUGGCCCUCGGUAACGACAUCGCCAUGAUCAAACUGUCCGAGCCUGUGACUUUGAGCGAUCACGUUCAGCUGGCUUGCAUCCCCGCUCCCGAGACCCUGCUGCCCAACCUCUACCCCUGCUACAUCACUGGCUGGGGUAGAAUCUCCACUGGAGGGCCCAUUGCGGAUAAGCUACAGCAGGCUCUGAUGCCUGUAGCCGACCACGAAACAUGCACCCAGAACGACUGGUGGGGUGUUGCUAUCAGGGACUCUAUGGUGUGUGCCGGAGGAGAUGGCAUUGUGGGUGGAUGUAACGGUGACUCUGGUGGUCCCCUGAACUGUAAGAAUGCUGAUGGUACCUGGGAGGUCCAUGGAAUCGCCAGCUUUGUCUCCGGUCUUGGCUGCAACUUCAUCAGGAAGCCCACCGUGUUCACCCGCGUCUCUGCUUUCAACGAAUGGAUUGAGGAGGCCAUGAUGAACAACUAA